GGUCACGUGCUGGGGCGCGCCCGCGGCUGGUGGCCAUGGCGGCCGCAAGCUCCAGUGUGGCCAGGCGAGUGGAGGAGCUGGGGGACCUCGCCCAGGCCCACAUCCAGCAACUCAGUGAGGCCGCCGGCGAGGACGAUCACUUUUUAAUUCGGGCCUCUGCAGCUCUAGAAAAAUUGAAACUCUUGUGUGGAGAAGAAAAAAAGUGUUCAAAUCCAUCGAAUCUACUAGAACUUUACACACAGGCCAUUUUGGACAUGACGUAUUUUGAGGAGAACAAGCUAGUAGAUGAAGAUUUCCCUGAAGACUCUUCCCAGAAAGUAAAAGAGUUGAUCACUUUUCUUUCAGAACCAGAAAUUUUAGUUAAAGAAAAUAAUAUGUACCCAAAACACUGCGAUUUACUUGGGGACGAACUCUUGGAAUGUCUCUCUUGGCGACGAGGAGCCCUACUUUAUAUGUAUUGUCAUUCUCUGACCAAAAGGAGAGAGUGGCUCACGAGGAAAUCUGGUUUGCUUAAAGAGUACCUUGUUGAUGGAAUCAGUUACUUGCUACAGAUGCUAAAUUAUCGGUGUCCUACCCAAUUAGAUGAAGGAGUUUCUUUCCAAGACCUAGACACAGCUAAGUUACUGAGUGAAGGAAUAUUCAGUGACAUUCACUUGCUGGCUAUGAUGUACAGUGGAGAAAUGUGUUACUGGGGAUUGAAGCAUUGUGCCGAUCAGCAGCCAGAAAACCAGGGCGUGGACGCAGGUGUUUCUGGAGCAAGCUGCACUACACACAGAGAGCCCUUGGAUUUCCGAGAAGUAGGAGAGAAAAUUUUGAAAAAGUAUGUAUCUGUGUGCGAAGGACCCCUGAAAGAACAAGAAUGGAACACAACAAAUGCAAAACAAAUUUUAAACUUCUUUCAGCAUCGCUCUAACUCGUAAGUUUAGUCCUUUUCAAACAGAAAAGCAGAAAGACCCAUGAAAUGGAAACGUUCCAGAAAAGAAGACAUAUUGACACUAAGAAUGUCACACUACAUAAAGAUGCCCAGCGUGGUUCCCUUUUAAAAAUGCCAUCACCGUAGUUCAUUAUAUAUUCUUGACUCUGUGAAGGAACAGUUCUCUCAUUUCUAAAACGGCAUGUAUGUUAUUCUAACUCAGCCUGAACUACAGAUAUCCUGUAACUAAUACUAAGGAAGAAUCCAAUUUAGCUGUACAAAGAUUUUUUUCUGUUACUUCAGAUUAUUAUUAUUAUUAUUACUUUAGAGAGAGGAAGAGAGAGAGAGAGGAAGAGAGAGAGAGAAAUGUCGAUGUGAGAGAAAAUCUAUUGGUUGCUCCUGACCGGAGAGCAAGCCUGAACCUGGGUUUGUGCCCUGACUAGGAAUUGAACCCUCCACCUUUUGGUAUACAGGAUGACGCGCCAACCAAUUGAGCUUCAGAUUAUUUUUUUUAUUGUGGUAAAUUGCAACAUAAAAUUGACCAUUUUAACUCUUUUUAGGUCUGUUUAUCUUGAAAU